AUGUCCCCGGCGGGCUGGGAGGCCCUGGUGGCCCUGGCGGCGGUGGCCUGCCUGGCGGAGGGGGUGCGCGGCGGCGGCGGCGGCUACGGCUUGAACAUGUUCGCCGUGCAGACGGCCCCGCAGCCGGAUCCCUGCUACGACGAAAACGGGCAGCCGCGGCGCUGCAUCCCGGACUUCGUCAACGCCGCCUUCGGCAAGGAGGUCAAGGUGUCGAGCACCUGCGGCCGCCCCCCGGCGCGCUACUGCGCCCUGGCCGAGAAGGGCGAGGAGCGGAGCCGCGCCUGCCACCCGUGCGACGCCGCCGACCCCAAGCGCGCCCACCCGGCCUCCUACCUGACCGACCUCAACAACCCGCACAACCUGACCUGCUGGCAGUCGGAGAGCUUCGUGCAGCACCCGCUCAACGUGACGCUGGCGCUGGCGCUGGGCAAGAAGUUCGAGGUGACCUACGUCAGCCUGCAGUUCUGCUCGCCCCGGCCGGAGUCCAUGGCCAUCGCCAAGUCCAUGGACGGCGGCAAGAGCUGGGUGCCCUUCCAGUUCUACUCCACCCAGUGCCGAAAGAUGUACAACAAGCCCAACCGCGCCGCCAUCACCAAGCAGAACGAGCAGGAGGCCAUCUGCACCGACUCGCACACCGACAUGCGGCCCCUGAGCGGCGGCCUCAUCGCCUUCAGCACCCUCGACGGCCGGCCCUCGGCCCACGACUUCGACAACUCGCCCGUCCUGCAGGACUGGGUGACGGCCACCGACAUCAAGGUGGUCUUCAGCCGCCUCCACACCUUCGGCGACGAGAACGAGGACGACUCCGAGCUGGCCCGCGACUCCUACUACUACGCCGUCUCCGACCUGCAGGUGGGCGGCCGCUGCAAGUGCAACGGGCACGCCUCCCGCUGCGUCCGCGACCGCGACGACCACCUGGUCUGCGACUGCAAGCACAACACGGCCGGGCCCGAGUGCGACCGCUGCAAGCCUUUCCACUACGACAGGCCUUGGCAGAGGGCCACCGCUCGCGAAGCCAACGAGUGCGUCGCUUGUAACUGCAACCUACAUGCCAGAAGGUGUCGUUUUAACAUGGAACUCUACAAAUUAUCUGGUCGCAAGAGUGGGGGUGUUUGCCUUAAUUGCCGACACAACACAGCUGGUCGUCACUGCCACUAUUGCAAAGAAGGCUACUAUCGGGAUAUGACCAAACCCAUCACGCACAGGAAAGCAUGCAAAGCAUGUGAUUGCCAUCCCGUGGGUGCAGCUGGAAAAACCUGUAAUCAAACUACAGGGCAAUGUCCCUGCAAAGAUGGUGUGACCGGCAUCACUUGUAACCGAUGUGCCAAAGGCUACCAGCAAAGCAGAUCUCCCAUUGCCCCCUGCAUAAAGAUUCCUGUUGUUCCUCCUACCACUGUGGCCAGCAGCACAGAAAAGCCUGCAGACUGUGAUACCUACUGCAAGGCAUCCAAAGGAAAGCUGAAGAUAAACAUGAAGAAGUAUUGCAAGAAAGAUUAUGCUGUCCAGAUCCACAUCCUGAAAGCAGAGAAAGCUGCAGAAUGGUGGAAGUUCACAGUCAACAUCAUCUCUGUUUACAAGCAAGGGGUGAAUAGGAUACGGCGUGGUGACCAGAUCCUCUGGAUACGCUCCAAGGACAUUGCCUGCAAGUGUCCCAAGAUCAAGCCUAUGAAGAAAUAUUUGUUACUGGGCCAUGAUGAGAACUCUCCAGAUCAGAAUGGCAUUGUAGCUGACAAAAGCAGCCUUGUGAUACAGUGGAGGGACACAUGGGCCAGGCGACUGAGGAAGUUCCAGCAACGAGAAAAGAAGGGGAAAUGCAAGAAAGCCUAGAGGGGAGAUCAGAGACAAGA